AUGGGCGCGAAUACGUCGAGAAUGAGCCGCAUGAUCGUCGACCGCGAACCAGCAUCACACCGGACUGCAUUCGCCGUGCUGUACGUCGACUUCCUGAGCGCCCAACAUUUCAUCAACGCUGCAUACCACUCUAACCUUCUAAAGACAAAUGAAACCCGCUUAUCACUCAAUAUCGAAAUUGGGAUGGGAGGUACUGAAACACCUCCCCUACAGUCAGGAUCACCCGGCGACUACUACAUGUUUGGAUCACUGACAUAA